CACAGGGACACUCACUAAAGAAAAGAUAAAAAGAGCCCUACCUAGCCAAAUGAACAAAUUGCAUCCUAUCCAAAUAUCAAUCUGACACAUAAGGCACCCACAAAACCAAAAAAAAAAAAAAAAACUCCGUCAUGUUAGUGGCAGAGCAAGUGCCGGCAUUUGCGGCCGCGCAGCUGUCCCUCCUCGCCGCGGAGCAGGAGGCAGAGGCGGCCGGUGCGGCCGAGCUGAUCAGCGGACACACCCCCGCAGCUCUCCAGCGGGCCGGCGCCGCCCUCACCAACCUGACUGUCCAGGGCCGGCGGACGGGUGCCGGAGGUAGGACGGUGGUCGAGCUCUCGUCCGACCCGGCCGUCGGUGGAAGCGAGCUGCCCGAGCACGGCCUCCGUGUCGGCGAUGUCGUGCUGGUCGCUGAGCAGCCGGCCGGUUCAGCCAAGAAGCGGGAGGCGCGCGAGCUCGAACGCAACGGCGUCCGAGGAGUCGUUACCCGCGUUCGUCGCUCCGACCUCAGCGUUGCUCUCGACGCGGGCGACGACAAGCCUGGCUCUGCCGGCAAGGAGGAGAAGGGCCUCGCGGGGAGGGUCUGGGUCGUCAGGCUGGCUGAUGAUGUCACAUACCGUCGCAUGACCUGGACUAUGGAAAAGAUGGAAAAGAUGGUUGAUUCAGAACAUUCCAAUUUUAUUCGUGUCCUGUUCGGUCACAGCUCUCCGUCGCCGGUUCCCUCGAACUUGAAGACUGAUCCCGAGUUUGGCAAGCUGGAGUGGUUCGACCCGACACUCAACGACUCCCAGCAGGAUGCAAUACGCUUCGCUUUGGCUUCUCAGGAAAUAGCAUUAAUACAUGGUCCUCCAGGGACCGGCAAAACUCAUACCCUGAUCGAGCUUAUACUCCAAAUGCUCAAGCGAGGACUACGCAUACUUGUCUGUGGCCCCUCCAACAUUUCGGUGGACAACAUUGUCGAGCGCCUGGCGCCACACAAGGUUCCCAUAGUGCGACUUGGUCACCCCGCCCGACUCUUGCCGUCGGUCGUCGGUCAUUCCCUCGAUGUGCUCACCCAGACGUCCGAGGCCGGCGCCAUAGUGCGAGACGUCCGCGCAGAGAUGGACGCGAAGCAAGCCUCCAUCAAGAAGACAAAGAGCGGGAGGGAGCGCAAGGCCAUCUACGGCGAGCUUCACGAGCUGCGCAAGGAGUUCCGCGACAGGGAGAAGAGGUGCGUCGCGAACCUGUUGCAGUCCAGCAAGGUCGUACUCGCGACCCUACACGGAUCUGGUGGUUUCCAGCUUCGGCAGGAAAAGUUCGACGUGGUCAUAAUCGACGAGGCAAGUCAGGCCUUGGAGGCACAAUGCUGGGUGGCAUUGCUCUCGGCCAAGAAGGCCGUCCUCGCUGGCGAUCAUCUGCAACUGCCUCCGACGAUCAAGUCUUUGAACUCAAAGACGGCCAAGACGCUCACCGGCGGCGACGGGAGCGGGGCCGCAGACGGAGGAGAGAGCUCCGCAGGGCGGAAAAAGAAAGGAGUCACACUCGAGACGACCCUGUUCGAUCGACUUUUGGAUCUCCACGGGCCUGCCAUAAAACGCAUGCUGACGACGCAAUACCGCAUGCAUGAGAAGAUCAUGCGGUUCCCAUCGAACGAACUGUACGACGGCAAGCUGAUCGCAGCAGAGGCCGUCAAGGACAGGUUGCUCAAGGAUCUGCCGUACGAGGUCGAGGACACGGACGACACGCGCGAGCCCCUGAUAUUCAUCGACACGCAGGGGGGAGACUUCCCCGAGCGAAACGACGAGAUGGAUAACGGCGAUGCCGACGACAAGAAGAAAACCAAGCGGAUGCUGCUCCACGGGGAGAGUAAGAGCAACGAGAUGGAGGCGGCCCUGGUUACGCAGCACGUACGUUCGCUUGUCGAUGCCGGGGUCAAGCCCGAGGAUAUUGCCUGUAUAACACCCUAUAAUGCCCAGCUCGCAGUUCUGGCGCCGUUACUCAAGGACAGAUUCCCGGGAAUCGAGCUCGGCAGCGUCGAUGGAUUUCAGGGGCGAGAAAAGGAGGCUGUGGUUGUCAGCUUGUGCCGCAGCAACCCCGACGGUGAGGUUGGCUUUCUUGGGGAGAAGCGGCGGCUGAAUGUUGCCAUGACGAGACCAAAGCGCUCCCUCACCGUUAUCGGUGACUCCGAGACAGUAAAGCGCGGGAGCAAAUUUCUCAAGCGAUGGAUGGAACAUUUGGAAGAGAAUGCCGACCUCAGAUAUCCCGACGUCUCAACCAUACAAGGUGCAUGAAUCUCAGAUGAGAAGAGGAGAAAAGAGAGAGAAACAAGAAACUUUCUCUCACCGAACCGGUCCCGAACUCGUUGGUCGUCAGUCAGAUGAUAACAGGGUAGAUGAACAGAGACGAACAAAAAAAAAAAAACAUCAUCCUUCAACACACCCCUGAAGCCCGUGCGCAACAAUUGAAAACGCCAAACUGC